GCGUUCGAAUCACCUGAGCACAAAGGGGCUUAAAAAAAAAAGACAAACAAAAGAAAAACUGUCUAUUUUUUUUCAUCGAUUUGUUUUUGUUUGCCUUCAAGUAAAAAAAAAAAAAAAAUCUUAAUUUUACAUCACUCAACAUGAUGCGUUCCACUUGCCUAGUGCUACUUCUCAUUGCCGGUUUCAGCAACGCUCAGGAAGCUGCUCAGACGCCCGAGCAAUUGUGCGAGAACAGGCCACCUGAAGAAUACUUUCGCCUCUCCACCGAAGGCGAUUGUCGUGAUGUAGUGCGCUGCGAUCGCGCAGGUAUCGCCGGAGCCAUCCGCUUGGCCGCUGUCCGCUGCCCGGCCGGUUUGGCUUUUGAUGUCGAGCGACAAACUUGCGACUGGAAGGCUAAGGUCUCCAACUGCGACAAACUCGACCGACCUCGCAAGGCUUUGCCCAAGUUGAAGACUGACGAGCCCAUCUGCCCUGAUGGUAAACUGUCGUGCGGCAACGGCGAAUGUAUCGACAAGGCCCUCUUUUGCGACGACAAGCCCGACUGCAAAGACGGAUCAGAUGAAAACGCUUGCUCUGUCGACACUGACCCCAACCGCGCUCCCGAAUGCGACCCAACUCAGUGCAGCCUUCCCGACUGCUACUGCUCGGCCGACGGUACUCGCAUUCCCGGCGAUUUGGAGGCCAACAACGUUCCCCAAAUGAUCACGCUCACCUUCAACGGAGCCAUGAACACGGACAACAUCGACCUGUACGAAGAGAUCUUCAGCGGACUCCGCCUCAACCCCAACGGCUGCCAGGCCAAAGGAACCUUCUUUGUCUCGCACAAGUACAGCAACUACUCGGCAGUGCAAGAUUUCCAUCGCCGCGGCCACGAGAUCGCCUCUUUCUCCGUCACCAGCAAGGACAGCACCAAGUACUGGACCGAUGGCACCUACGACGACUGGUUGGCUGAGAUGGCCGGCAACCGAUUGAUCAUCGAGCGUUUCGCCAACAUCACCGACGGCUCCAUCAUCGGAGUCCGCGCUCCUUACUUGCGCGUCGGCGGCAACAAGCAAUUCGACAUGAUGGCCGACCAGUUCUUUGUUUACGACUCGUCCAUCACGGCACCUCUCGGCCGCGUUCCCAUCUGGCCUUACACGCUCUACUUCCGCAUGCCCCACAAGUGCAUCGGCAACGCCCAAAACUGCGCCAGCCGCAGCCACCCCAUCUGGGAGAUGGUCAUCAACGAGCUGGAUCGUCGUGAUGACCCCACUUUCGACGAGUCGCUCCCCGGUUGCCACAUGGUCGACUCUUGUACCAACAUCGCCACUGGUGAGCAGUUCGGCCGUAUGCUCCGCCACAACGUCAACCGCCACUUGAGCACUAACCGCGCUCCUCUCGGUCUCCACUUCCACGCUUCUUGGCUCAAGAGCAAGAAGGAGUUCAAGAACGAACUCAUCAAGUUUAUGGAUGAGAUGAUUGCCCGCAAUGACGUCUACUUCGUCACCAUGUUGCAGGUUAUCCAAUGGAUGCAGAACCCCACUGAAUUGGGUGCCCUCCGAGAUUUCCAAGAAUGGAAAGAGAAAUGCGACGUCAAGGGACAGCCUUUCUGCUCCUUGCCCAAUGCUUGCCCACUCACAACAAGAGAAUUGCCCGGAGAGAUCCUUCGUCUUCACACUUGCAUGGAAUGUCCGAACAACUAUCCAUGGAUCCUUGAUCCUACUGGUGAUGGGUUCUCCAACUAAGCAAUAACAGGGCAACAACAUAUUUUUUUUUUUUUUUUCAAAAUCUGCAGAACUUAUCCGUUAAGUGGACAAGGACCAUAUCUUUUUUUUUUUUUUUGAAUUCACCGCACGCUCUCUUUCGUGUCCGUUAUUAUUUUGUGAUAGUUUGUUUAUCGCAUUCUUCUUUGGAUGGAGAGAAACCCAAGGCAUUUAAUUUUAAGAAAUUCUUAGUGAAAUGUUCUGAAUUUGAUUGGGGUCUCCGAGAAUUGCCUGGAAUUUUAUCAACAAAACUCACAGCAGGUACCUUUGAAAGCCUCAAGUAUGCAUACAAAAAUUUCGACAA